AUGUCGGCCACCCACAGCCCGCAGCAGCUCGGCGAGCAGCACCCGCGCCCCGCCUGCCGCUGCGUGAUCAAGCUAGGCGGCGCCGCCAUCACCGACAAGUCCCGACUGGAGACGCUGCGCCCCGACACGCUCGCGUCUGUCGCCGCGACCGUCGCCGCGCUGCACCGCAACGGCGGCGGCGCCGUCGUCGUCCACGGCGCCGGCAGCUUCGGCCACAUGACCGCUAAGCAGUUUUCGGUUGCGCGCGGCGGCGCGCCCGGCGCGCCGCGAGAGCAGACGCUCCUCGGCUUUGCCCUCACCCGCGCCUCCGUCACCAAACUGAACUCGACCGUCUGCGCCGCGCUCGCCGCCGCCGGCGCGCCGGCGGCCGGCGCGUCGCCCUGCGGCGGCGGGUGGGCGACGCACGGCGGGCGGCUCGGCGGCGACGGCUGCGCGGCGGGGCUGGGGGUCGUGGCGGGGCUGCUGCAGGCGGGGCUGGUGCCGGUGCUGCAUGGGGACGCAGUCCUGGACUCAGAGCUGGGAUGCACGAUCCUCAGCGGCGAUACCAUCGUGCGGGCAGUGGCAGAGGCGUUCCUCGCGCCGCGGGGCACCGGCUGCAGCAGCAGCGGCGGCGGCGGCUGGCCAGAGCAGCGCGGCGCUGGGGCGACGGAGCGAAUCGCGGGCAAUGAGCAGGGGUUGGUGCUGGCGGAUGGGGGAGCAGGCUCCGCAGCUCAUGAAGCGGGGCCCGUCGAGCCAGCGGCCGGCGGGCAUGUGGUGUUCCUCACGAACGUGGCCGGGAUAUACGACCGGCCGCCCGAGCAGCCCGGGGCGGCCCUGCUACCAGAGAUCCUCGUGUCGCCCGACGGAAGCUGGCGGGCAGCCGCCGACCCCGGCGACGACGCUGACGUCAGCGGGAGCAGCGCCGCCGGCCGGCGGCGCCCGCAGUUUGCGUGCGCCGCGCACGACGUGACGGGCGGGGUGGAGACAAAGGUGCUGGAGGCGGCGGCGAUCGCGGCUUUGGGGGUGGACGUGAUCAUCGCAGAGGCGGGCAGCGCGGCCGGCGAGGCGGCGUGCCUGCUGGGGCCGGCGGCGUUCAGCCGGUACGCCGGGGGCGGGCAGGGGCCGCGGUUCGCGGGCACGCUGGUGCGGUUGGAGGGGAGCUAG